GGAAAGACACCAGGCAAGCAAACAUAAAUACAUCAUCUUUAAGCAGGGAAGCUUUCAAAAGUGCUGUAACUUUUCUACACGUUCACUUUACUGCCAAGAGAUGAUGAGCUACUGUUACAGCUGCCAGUUUUAGUCUGAUUCAUGUAUAAGAUUCGUGUAUAUGAAACGGUAAUAUUACAUUUGUUGAGUGUCUCUAUGCUGCUGCUGGUUACUUUGUAAAGUCCAGAGUCUUGGGUCUGUGGUCAUGUUAAAGAGAUGCAAAUUCAGCUUUAACAAAUCAAACUGAGGAUAUCGGAAUGGUCAGUCAAAAUAUUUAAACUGGAUUAUGAUUUAUCAUGUGACAAACAACAAUCGCGAUGGAGCGCAGAGGUGUGUUUAACAGCGAUCACAAAUCGAAAGUGUUUCAAAGUACUUCCGGAUUCUGUUCCUGCUGCACAACACCGUCUGAAUACUGCGAUCUAUGGUCUAUACCAGUGGUUCUCAACCGGUGGGGCGCGAGUAGGCUACAGGAUGGGCUUUCAGACUGCAGUAUCACUGAAGAAGGUUAUAAAGCUCUGGCUUCAGCUCUGAGAUCAAACACUUCACACCUGAUAGAGCUGGAUCUCACAGGAAAUGAUCCUGGACAAUCAGGAGUGAAGCAGCUCUGUGAUUUAUUACAGGAUGGACACUGUUCAUUACAAACUGUCAGGUUUUUUGAAAAGUCCUGCUGCACAGGAAGCGUGUGAUCAUCUCUCUGCAGUUCUGGGUAAAAGUCCAUUAUUACUGACAGAACUGGAUCUGAGUGAAGAUAAAUUAGGAGAUCUGGAUUGGGAGAAGCUCUCUGCUCUUUUGAUGGACUCUCAUAGCAAACUGGAGAAAAUCAAGCUGAAUAAUUGUGAUCUGACAGAGAAAAGCUGUUCAGUUCUAGCUACUGUUCUCUCCUCCAAAACCAUCCUGAAAGAGAUGAACCUGAACAACAGCCAUCUGCUGGACUCAGGAGUCAAAGAGAUCUGUGAGGGACUGAAGAAUCCUGUGUGUGAGCUGAAGAUACUCAAGUUAAGCUGCUGUUAUAUGACAGAUGAAGGUUGUUCUGCUGUGACUUCAGCUCUGAAAUCAAACCCAUCACACCUGAGAGAGCUGGACCUGAGUGGGAAUGAACUUGGAGACUCUGGAGUGAAAAACCUCAGUGAUCUACUGAUGAACCCACAAUGCAAACUGGAAAUACUACCUCUGUGGGGAUGCAGUAUUUCAGAGAAACAGUGUCUCAUCCUGACUUCAGCUCUGAAAUCAAACCCAUCACACCUGAGAGAGCUGGACCUCGGUUGGAAUAAAAUACAAAACACAGGAGUGAAUCACCUACAUGACGUACUGAAGGAUUCAUGCUGUAAACUGGAGAGAUUGAGGUUAAGCUACUGUGAUAUGACAGAUGAAGUCUGUUCUGCUGUGACUUCAGCUCUGAAAUCAAACCCAUCACACCUGAGAGAGCUGGACCUGAGCGGAAAUAAACUAGGAGACUUUGGAGUGAAAAACCUCAGUGAUCUACUGAUGAACCCACAAUGCAAGCUGGAGAAACUAGAGUUAAGAGGCUGUGAUAUGACAGAUGAAGGUUGUUCUGCUGUGACUUCAGCUCUGAAAUCAAACCCAUCACACCUGAGAGAGCUGAACCUGAGCUGGAACAAACUAGGAGACUCUGGAGUGAAAAACCUAAGUGAUCUACUGAUGAACCCACAAUGCAAGCUGGGGAUACUAUAUCUGUCUGGAUGCAGUAUUUCAGAGAAACAGUGUCUCAUCCUGACUUCAGCUCUGAAAUCAAACCCAUCACACCUGAGAGAGCUGGACCUCGAUUGGAAUAAAAUACAAAACACAGGAGUGAAUCACCUACAUGACGUACUGAAGGAUUCACGCUGUAAACUGGAGAGAUUGAGGUUAAGCUACUGUGAUAUGACAGAUGAAGUCUGUUCUGCUGUGACUUCAGCUCUGAAAUCAAACCCAUCACACCUGAGAGAGCUGGACCUGAGCAGGAAUAAACUAGGAGACUCUGGAGUGAAAAACCUCAGUGAUCUACUGAUGAACCCACAAUGCAAGCUGGAGAAACUAGAGUUAAGAGGCUGUGAUAUGACAGAUGAAGGUUGUUCUGCUGUGACUUCAGCUCUGAAAUCAAACCCAUCACACCUGAGAGAGCUGAACCUGAGCUGGAACAAACUAGGAGACUCUGGAGUGAAAAACCUAAGUGAUCUACUGAUGAACCCACAAUGCAAGCUGGGGAUACUAUAUCUGUCUGGAUGCAGUAUUUCAGAGAAACAGUGUCUCAUCCUGACUUCAGCUCUGAAAUCAAACCCAUCACACCUGAGAGAGCUGGACCUCGAUUGGAAUAAAAUACAAAACACAGGAGUGAAUCACCUACAUGACGUACUGAAGGAUUCACGCUGUAAACUGGAGAGAUUGAGGUUAAGCUACUGUGAUAUGACAGAUGAAGUCUGUUCUGCUGUGACUUCAGCUCUGAAAUCAAACCCAUCACACCUGAGAGAGCUGGACCUGAGCAGGAAUAAACUAGGAGACUCUGGAGUGAAAAACCUCAGUGAUCUACUGAUGAACCCACAAUGCAAGCUGGAGAAACUAGAUCUGCGUGGAUGCAGGAUUACAGAGAAACAGUGUCUCAUCCUGACUUCAGCUCUGAAAUCAAACCCAUCACACCUGAGAGAGCUGCACCUCGAUUGGAAUAAAAUAAAAAACACAGGAGUGAAUCACUUACAUUACGUACUGAAGGAUUCACACUGUAAACUGCAGAGUUUGAGGUUAAGAGUCUGUGAUAUGACAGAUGAAGUCUGUUCUGCUGUGACUUCAGCUCUGAAAUCAAACCCAUCACACCUGAGAGAGCUGGACCUGAGCUGGAACAAACUAGGAGACUCUGGAGUGAAAAACCUCAGUGAUCUACUGAUGAACCCACAAUGCAAGCUGGGGAUACUAUAUCUGCGUGGAUGCAGGAUUACAGAGAAACAGUGUCUCAUCCUGACUUCAGCUCUGAAAUCAAACCCAUCACACCUGAGAGAGCUGCACCUCGAUUGGAAUAAAAUAAAAAACACAGGAGUGAAUCACUUACAUUACGUACUGAAGGAUUCACACUGUAAACUGCAGAGUUUGAGGUUAAGAUACUGUUAUAUGACAGAUGAAGGUUGUUCUGCUGUGACUUCAGCUCUGAAAUCAAACCCAUCACACCUGAGAGAGCUGAACCUGAGCGGAAAUAAACUAGGAGACUCUGGAGUGAAAAACCUCAGUGAUCUACUGAUGAACCCACAAUGCAAGCUGGGGAUACUAUAUCUGUCGGGAUGCAGUAUUACAGAGAAACAGUGUCUCAUCCUCACUUCAGCUCUGAAAUCAAACCCAUCACACCUGAGAGAGCUGGACCUGAGUAUGAAUAAAAUAAAAAACACAGGAGUGAAUCACUUAUGUGACGUACUGAAGGAUUCAUGCUGUAAACUGGAGAGAUUGAGGUUAAGUGACAGUGGUAUGACAGAUGAAGGUUGUUCUGCUGUGACUUCAGCUCUGAAAUCAAACCCAUCACACCUGAGAGUGCUGAACCUCAGCAGGAAUAAAAUAAAAAACACAGGAGUGAAUCACUUAUGUGACGUACUGAAGGAUUCACACUGUAAACUGCAGAGUUUGAGUCUAUAUGACUGUGGCAUUACAGAUGUUUCUUCUUUAACUCAGUCUUUGACAAACACAAAAGCACUGCAGUUUCUAACAGAGCUUAAUCUGAGAAACAAUAACAUAGAAAACUCAAAGCAGCAGCUCACUGAUGUACUGCGAGACUCAAACUGUAAACUUCUAGACUGAGAACAGAUGCCAAACCGCACAGAUGGAUGGUUUACAUCCUGGUUCAAAUCUUGGAUAUCAUGACUCCUCAUUAUCAGAUGAAGAAUCCACAGAAGAGCCUCACUAUUGUACUGCAUCUAUGAAGAUAAAUUAAUAUGUGUGAUGAUGUGAUGUCUGUAUAUGAUCAUUAAAUAUUCUAAUAUAAACUCUGUUAUUAAGAGUA